UCUCCGGAAGCGACAGGAUUCGGAUCCUCGCGCACGUCGUGUAAUCCUGAGGCCGCUGGGUGAAGGGACGCGGUGCGUGGCGGCCCCGAGUGGUGCGGGCAGGAGCCAGAGCGCCCUGAGGAGGCGGGAUGUUCGUCCUGGUGGAGAUGGUGGACACGGUGCGGAUCCCCCCGUGGCAGUUUGACAGGAAGCUCAACGACUCCAUUGCCGAGGAGCUGAACAAGAAAUUGGCCAACAAGAUGGGGAAACUGAGGCUCAGACAGGCAGUCAGUGAGUGGUGGAGCUGGCACUGGAAGCUGGCUCUGUCUUGUCACCACGACCCCGCACUUGCCAGAGCUCUGCAUCCUUCUAAGGUCGUGUACAAUGUGGGACUCUGCAUCUGCCUGUUUGACAUCACUAGGCUGGAGGACUCCUACGUGUUUCCAGGGGACGGGGCGUCCCACACCAAAGUCCACUUCCGCUACGUGGUGUUCCACCCGUUCCUGGAUGAGAUUCUCAUCGGGAAGAUCAAGGGCUGCAGCCCGGAGGGGGUGCACGUCUCCCUAGGGUUCUUCGAUGACAUCCUCAUUCCCCCGGAGUCGCUGCAGCAGCCGGCCAAGUUCGACGAGGCGGAGCAGGUGUGGGUGUGGGAGUACGAGACGGAGGAGGGCGCGCACGACCUGUACAUGGACACCGGCGAGGACAUCCGCUUCCGGGUGGUGGACGAGAGCUUCGUGGACACCUCGCCCACCGGGCCCAGGUCGGCCGAGGCCGCGGCCAGCGAGGAGCAGCCUCGGAAGGAGGCGCCGUACUCGCUCGUGGGGUCCAUCAUUGAGCCUGGGCUAGGCCUCCUCUCCUGGUGGACCAACAGCUAGCCUAUCCCAGGCUCCACAGUGACCCUACCCAGGCCGUGGAAACCAGCAGUGAAGCGGAUGCUGAGGAGUCUGCACCCCCUUGAGCUGCCCGGGGUGGGGGGUCCAGGAGCACCACCAACCAGCCCACCCCUACCACCCUGCCCUAAUCUCCCAGAGUGAUCUCUUGAAGUCCCUGCCCUAAUCUCCCAGAGUGAUCCUUCAAAGUCCCGCUGUCCCCAUGGACUUUAUUUUUGCAGCUGUGGGGAUUAAACCCUGGCACUUGCACAUACUAGGCAUGUGCUCUUCCACUGAGCUAUAUCCCAGCACUUUUUGAGACAGUUCUGAGUAACUGUCCAAGAUGGUCUCAACCUGAGAUCUUCCCGCCUCAGCCUCCUGAAUAGCUGGGAUUAUAGGCCAGGUCGUAAGAAACAUUUAAUAAACAAUGGCAGAUCAGCAAGGAA